AAAAGUAAUGAGCAGGCACAACUAGCGUAACUUGGAGAAUAAGCCUCAGGAAAAAGAGUUAUUUGAAAGAUUCAAGAUGAAGCUAGGUUUUUUUGUGAGGGAUUCCAAACAUGAAUAUGUGUGUCUUUGUGAGUGUGCUGAGGAGAGAAGGUUUGCAGAGGAGAGACAGAGGAGACUUUGUGCAUGGUGUUGGCUCUGACACAGCUCAGCCUGUUCACUCUGUCUGUUUUUCAUUUCUGCCUUCACAGGAACAUGCAGUGGCUCCUCAUCCCCACCAUCCUUAUAAUCACUUAUGCUCAACAGCUUUCUUGCAGGGUGCAAACCAACAGGCAGAAGCAAGGGAAGUCUGGAGAAAAAUCUGCAGAGGUUCACCAACGCAGAGAACUAUGCCACUGGCCCUGCAGAUGCCCAGUGGUACCAACCUGCAGCCCCGGGAUGAGCCUGGUGAAGGAUGGCUGCGGAUGCUGCAAGGUGUGUGCCAAGCAGUCAGGGGAAACAUGUAAUGAAGCUGAGGUCUGUGACCCCCACAAGGGGCUAUACUGCGACUACUCUGCGGAUAAGCCUAGGUAUGAAAAUGGAGUGUGUGCAUAUAUGAUAGCAGUAGGUUGUGAGCUCAAUGGGGUGCACUAUAUCAAUGGCCACAACUUCCAGCCCACUCCUCUUUACAAAUGCCUGUGUGUGAACGGUGCAAUUGGAUGUACACCUGUCUUCAUCUCAAAGCCAGCACGUAAUGAAUGUGCAGAACUGAAGAGCAGAAAGAAAUCUGGACAAUCCCAAUGUGUUUCAGGACAGCAGGAGCAGCAGUCAACCAGUUACAGAUUAAUGUCAGCUUUCAGAAGUGUACCGCUUGUUUUAAAGAAGAAAUGCCUGGUUCAAGCAACUCCUUGGACACCUUGUUCCCGAACCUGUGGCAUGGGAAUAUCUGACAGAGUGACCAAUGAAAACAGUAAAUGUGAAAUAAGGAAGGAAAAGAGACUGUGCUACAUUCAGCCAUGCCAAGCAAAAUUUCCAAAGAGCAUAAAGAUACCUAAAGGAAAAACAUGCCGACCUACAUUCCAGCUUGCCAAGGCAGAGAAACUAGUAUUUUCUGGAUGCACAAGUAGACAAAGAUAUAGACCGACCUUUUGUGGAAUCUGCCUGGACAAGAGAUGUUGCAUACCCAACAAGUCUGUAAUGAUUACAGUGCAGUUUGACUGUCCAAAGGAAGGCUCCUUUAAGUGGAAGUUGAUGUGGAUUACAUCUUGUGUUUGUCAGAAGACAUGCAAUGAUCCAGGAAACAUAUUUUCUGAACUCAAACUCUUGUAAGUGGCAAUGUAAGUGGCAACACAGGAAAGAAAAUGGUCAAAUGUUCCCAUGAAAAGUUGCUCAUGCAACACCACUGACAGGUAGCUGUGUUUGAAAUUAUACGUUUUAAAUGAAUUCACACAGCGAUCCUUUCAUCCAAGACAGAGCUUGCCCCUAAUGUGUUUUAUUUUGAAAAGCAGAAAGUGUGGCUAUUUAAAUCCAGUUAAAUACUGUAGCUACAAAGCAUUUUCUUAAAUAUUUUAAAAUGCAAUACUUAGAUAAUUUAUGUAGGAGUAUACCAAUCCCAUAGAAAAAUGACAUGUUUUCAUGCAUAAAAAUCCAAUCAAAUUAGUUACCUAUACACAACUGAUUCAUAUGGAUGUUUGCCCAAAGAUGCAUGUACACAAGCCCCACCCCAACAUCCAAGCGCUCAAUCCCUGAUCAUCUCCACACUGAAU